GCGCAGAGCCGCCCCGCCAUGUCUGGCCGCCACAGCGAUCGCGGUCCGCCCGACGCGCUGCUGAACCGCCUGCACACCGAGCGGGCCAACAAGGAGCGGAAAUGGCAGUUGGUCUUCACGCAGUACACAGUGAACCCCCUGCACCCCGUUCACAUGGUCUCUAGGAAGCCAAUGUCUUGGCAUGAAAAUAUACAGGAGGCAACAGAUGAUGAAUUCCUGAAUCUUCUUCACCGUGCAGUACARAUACCAAGAAUGAAAUACUCAGAGCCACAAACUGAAAGCCAAGAAAUUGGCUGGAACACAACACCUUUGGUUCCUGUGGACCGUAGUGAUUGCAGAUUAUAUUUCCCACGCCAGACAACUGAGAUUACCAAGUAUGGCUACCCUAARCCCCGGGGAGACAAGUCUAAGGACUAGGACAGGGGGAAAGCCACAGGUAGACUGUUAGUGACAUGUGAUAUGUCAGGCCCUGGUUGUUAUCAUUUGAGUCUGGUAGAUUUCUAGUAAGAGAUAAUAGAAAAAWAAGCAAAUCUCAGUCUGUCCAGACUUGCAACCUGACAACAGUGACACAAAUAAACCUAUCUGUAAGUUUCUAUAUUC